AUGACACCGCUGCUUCAAGUGCUUCCAAGUCUUCUCUUCGCCGCCGUCUCGGCGCAGACGGCGCUGCGGUUUAGCACGCCCGUGCCCAUCUCGCUCACGCUCAACGGCAGCGGCCCCGUGACGCAGGUGCUCUCGAGCGACCGCGCCACGUCGCUCUCGGUGCACAUUGCGUCGAUGCACCUCCCGCCCGGCGCGACGCUGACCAUCGGCACGGAGGAUGGCCGCGACAAGGUCGUGUACUCGGGCGACCUCCGCGACGUCUACUCGGCGGUCUUUACGCAGCCGCGGAUCCUUCUCAACUACUCGUCACCAACGUACUCUAUGAACAGCAGCAGUGCGCCGAUCGUGACCAUUGACACGUAUUUUGUGGGCGGCGCUGGCGGUGGCACCGAGUCCAUCUGCACGUCGACGGGCGAUGCGUCCAAGCCAGCCGCGUGCUACGCCAGCGACGUGGCCAAGACCAAGGCGUCCAAGGCCGUUGCGCGGCUGCGCAUGGGCGGCUCGGGCCUCUGCACGGGCUGGCUCUUUGGCGCGGACGGCUACCUGCUCACCAACAACCACUGCAUUGGCACGGCGGCGGUUGCGGCGACAACGUCAAUCGAGCUCGGUGCGGCCUGCGCGACCUGCAACAACCCGAGCAACAACGUGCAGCUGGCGUGCAAGGGCACGGUCGUCGCGUCAAGCGUCGAGUUGAUCGCGACAAGCGUCGAGUUGGACUUUUCGCUCGUCAAGCUCAACCUCCUCCUGGACAUGGACCUCUCGAGCUACGGGUACCUCCAAGCACGCGAUAGCACAGCCGUGCUCAACGAGCCCAUUUGGCUCGUGGGGCAUCCCGGCGGCAAGCCAACGCGCAUGGCGACCGUGGUCGAAGGCAAUGCGACGGGCUCGAUCGUGUCGCUGAACGUCGCCAACAGCUGCCAGAGCAACGAAGUCGGGUACCUCCUCGACACGCAAGGCGGCUCGUCGGGGUCGCCCGUCCUGAGCACCAAAGACAACAGCGUUAUAGCGCUGCACAACUGCGGCGGCUGCGACGCCAGCACACUAUCCAACGCCGGCAUCCCGAUCACAAGCAUCCUCGCGCAUCUGCGAGCGAAUGGCGUCGCGCUGCCGCCGAAUGCCAUCAUGGCAACGCCAACGCCGACACCGACGCCGACGACUACACCGACACCGACACCGACGACUACACCGACACCGACACCGACAUCGACACCGAUUCGACUUUGCACCAUCUCGAACCGCGCGGUCUUCGAGUACUACUCGGGCGUCUACUAUGGGUCGCCAAGCUUUAGCGCGAACGAGCAGUUCGAGUACGACGAAUCGACCGGCGCGGUCCGCGUCGCCAGCAACGGCCAGUGCUUGGACGCAUGGAGCAGUGACGGCGGCGCGUCCUACCACCUCCACACGUACGCCUGUGACGCAUCCAACGCCAACCAGCGCUGGACGAUCGCCAACGGCCAAGUCCAGCACCGCACCCACGGCAUCUGCCUCACGACGGUUGCAGGUGCCAGCGCGAUCGGGGUCGCUCGCUGCGACGCCAGCGCCGUGCGGCAGUGGAUCUCGCCCACCAACUGCCGCACUUCGUCGACCGUCCGCAGCUUUGUGCAGCUCGUGACCUCCCGGCAGCGCGUCGUCUCCGAGUGGUACACGUCGGUGCUCGCCAAAGCGCCAGCAGGCGGCUGGACCGAGCUCUGGGAGCAAGUCGCGGGCGGCGGCCUCCGGUCGUUCAGCAACGGGCAGUGUCUCGACGCGUACUUGGUUGGUGGCAGUAGCUACACGCUCCACACGUACGCCUGCGACGCGUCCAACGGCAACCAAAAGUGGAGCGUCGGGAACGGGCUAGUCAAGCAUGCGACGCACCCAAACCUGUGCUUGGACAUCGACCCGACGGAUCCGAACAUGGCGGCGCAGACCUGGACGUGCUACGCCAACGCGGUCAACCAGCGCGUGGACGUCGUCGCCUUCGAGUAGACAAUACGUCGUAACAGGAUACGAUUUUAUGCA